ACUUUUAAACUCAGUUUCAAACUGAACGUGGUCGGAAAAUGUCGCUUUUAUUGUCGCUGGUUGUUAUUGUGCUUUCGCUGAUCAUAUUCGCCGCUCGACGACGACAUGGUUAUUGGCGGCGCAGAGGGAUCCCUCAUGACGUUCCAAAUCCACUCUUUGGAAAUAUCAAGGAUUGGCCUUCACAGCGGCACAUAGCUACUAUCUUUAAGGAUUAUUAUGAGAAGUACAAGGGUUCAGGGUAUCCCUUCGCAGGAUUCUUUUUCUUUUUUACGCGAACCGCAGUGCUCACCGAUCUGGACUUGGUCAAGAGAGUAAUGAUCAAGGACUUCAAUCACUUUGAGAAUCGGGGUGUCUUCUACAACGAGAUCGAUGACCCGCUCACUGGAAAUCUGUUCAGCAUCGAGGGUCAGAAGUGGCGUCACCUGAGGCACAAGCUAACGCCGACGUUCACGAGCGGAAAAAUGAAACACAUGUUUCCGAUCGUCGUUAAAGUGGGUGAGGAAAUGGACGCGGUAUUCAGUGAGAAGGUGGCGCCAGGUCAGAGUGAAGUUCUGGAGGUGGUGGAUCUAGUAGCCCGCUACACCGCUGAUGUAAUCGGAAACUGUGCCUUUGGACUCAACUGCAAUAGUUUGCACAAUCCCCAGGCGGAUUUUGUGACGAUCGGAAAACGAGCGGUCACUGAGCAUCGCUAUGGAGGUCUCCUGGACAUUUUCAUCUUUGGAUUCCCGAAGCUAUCCCGCCGUUUACAUCUCAAAUUGAACGUUCAAGAUGUGGAGGAUUUCUACACUGGAAUCGUGAGGGAGACCAUCGACUACAGGCUGAAAACCAAGGAGAAAAGAAACGACUUUAUGGAUGGUCUGAUUGAGAUGUACCAGAAGGAGCUGGAGGGCAAUUCGGAGGAUGGACUGACCUUCAACGAGUUGCUGGCCCAGGCUUUUAUAUUCUUUGUGGCUGGUUUCGAGACGAGUUCGACCACCAUGGGAUUCGCUCUUUACGAACUGGCUCUCAACCAGGAUGUCCAGGACAAGUUGCGAAAGGAAAUCAAUGAUGUCCUCGCCAAAAACAACAAUGAGUAUACCUACGAGGGCAUCAAGGAAAUGAAAUACCUGGAACAGGUCGUGAUGGAAACCCUUCGCAAGUACCCGGUUUUAGCGCAUCUAACAAGAAUGGCUGAGACGGACUAUUCGCCCGAGGACCCCAAGUACUUUAUUGCCAAAGGAACAAUUGUUGUGAUUCCCGCUCUUGGAAUUCAUUAUGAUCCGGAUAUUUAUCCUGAGCCGGAGAAAUUCAAGCCUGAUAGAUUUACGGAUGAAGCUAUUGCAGCUCGGCCCUCUUGCACUUGGCUACCGUUUGGCGAAGGACCUCGGAACUGCAUUGGCCUACGAUUUGGCUUGAUGCAAACUUGCGUAGGACUGGCCUACCUCAUCAGGAGCUACAGGUUCAGCGUUGCUCCAGAGACACAAAUCCCUAUGAAGGUUGUGGUCAAGAGCAUCCUGAUUUCCGCUGAAAACGGAAUACACCUGAAGGUAGAAAAGUUGGUCAAAUGAAACAAUCUUGUCAGAAAAAGCUACAAACAAUCUCUGUCUAUUAUAUACAAUAAAGAAAAUCUUGAGAGUUCUUACAUCCUA